CAGGGGCUCAAUAAUGUUCGCUAAACGGAUAUAAACACAAUCCAGACCGUGUAGAAACCUCAAGUUAUGUAUUCUUUCCAAAAUAAUUUCCAAGCAUUGUAUCUGAAAAUGCGUGAUGGCUGAAUUAGGAUUUUCGGUUUUUCGUCCCUCGCCGGCGACGUAGAAGGCACAGCGACACCGAUACGUUCUUUGCCCGCGACCUACAUGCAGGGCAGCCCAGGGUGCUGGUCUACCUACAAGGCCAACACUUCCCUCAAUCUGUUUCAGGAACUAGUUGCUUUUGCUUUGCAGUUUCGAGGCCGACGAUGGCGACGCUGUGGUCUCCCGCCCGGGUGGAAUUGGAGCUUCGCGAUGACGCUGGAGGUGGCGCUCGCAGGUGGCCUUCAGAAAACGCCUCCCACUCGGCGGCCGCCUCCUGUCCUUUCCCGAGGUCAGCAGCGGGGCAAACAGGAAAGCGUGUGUGACGUGAGCUGAUCGCCGAGAAAAGCUUUCUCACCCAGCAAGCUCCUCAGGGCCCUCCAGCUCGCUCUGCUCCUCCUCCUGGCGACCCAGACCCCGCCCCAGACCGCCCACUGAUUCACAUCGCCCAAUAGGCGCCGACGCGGCCCCGAGAGUGGCCGCAGGAGGGCGUGUUUGGGCGGCCGGACGCUGAACGGCCGUUCACGUCUACGUGGUGACGUCACGCGCCGACGCUGGGGACGUACCUGUCGGGCUCCGGGCUCCUGCCGCUUCUCUUCCCCUUCCGUGGUUAGGGGCUGGUGCGGUCCAGGACCCACGGCCCCUUACUCAGAGUCCUAGUUCGCCCGCGGCCCGGAAUCGGGUUGGAUGAGGAGGAAGGAAGAGUGUGGUGUUUGAAAGCCAUCCUACUUUACUCCAGAGUUGGAGCAUGGAUUCAAUUUUAGUCUUUUCCGAGAGAAGUGAGGUUGGAGCUUUUUAUUUUUAAUUUUGGGUAGAAGCAGGUUGACUCCCAGGCCCUCCAAAGCAAGAGGGUUUAACUUAAUGCUGUUCCCGUGUUUGAAGGAGGACAUAAAAAGUCCCACCUGGCACAAUUUGCGUAACCUCCGGUAGAAAACACCAGGUAUCUUUUAAAUCGCGGUAGUUUGCGUUGUGUGCCAGGCUUUUUUCAGGUGAAGCUUCCAGGGUAGUUAGGUUUGAAACAGAUGCAGAAUCCAAAGGCAGCGCAAAAACCAGCCACCGAUUUUGCUAUGCCUCUGAGCUGCGAGAUAAUCAGACAGCUAAAUGGAGUCUGAGCAGCUGUUCCAUAGAGGCUACUAUAGAAACAGCUACAACAGUAUAACGAGUGCAAGUAGUGACGAGGAACUUUUAGAUGGAGCAGGUGUUAUUAUGGACUUUCAAACUUCUGAAGAUGACAAUUUGUUAGAUGGUGAUACAGCUGUUGGAACUCAUUAUACAAUGACGAAUGGAGGUAGCAUCAACAGUUCUACACAUCUACUGGAUCUUUUGGAUGAACCAAUUCCAGGUGUUGGUACAUAUGAUGAUUUCCAUACUAUUGACUGGGUUCGAGAAAAAUGUAAAGACAGAGAAAGACAUAGACGGAUCAACAGCAAAAAGAAAGAAUCAGCAUGGGAAAUGACAAAAAGCUUGUAUGAUGCGUGGUCAGGAUGGCUAGUAGUAACACUAACAGGAUUGGCAUCAGGGGCAUUGGCUGGUUUAAUAGACAUUGCUGCUGAUUGGAUGACUGACUUGAAGGAGGGCAUUUGCCUUAGUGCGUUAUGGUACAACCAUGAACAGUGUUGUUGGGGAUCUAAUGAAACAACAUUUGAAGAGAGAGAUAAAUGUCCACAGUGGAAAACAUGGGCAGAAUUAAUCAUAGGCCAAGCAGAAGGUCCUGGUUCUUACAUCAUGAACUACAUAAUGUACAUCUUCUGGGCCUUGAGUUUUGCCUUUCUUGCAGUUUCCCUGGUAAAGGUAUUUGCUCCAUAUGCCUGUGGCUCUGGAAUUCCAGAGAUUAAAACCAUUUUGAGUGGAUUCAUCAUCAGAGGUUACUUGGGAAAAUGGACUUUAAUGAUUAAAACCAUCACUUUGGUUCUGGCUGUGGCAUCAGGUUUGAGUUUAGGAAAAGAAGGUCCCUUGGUCCAUGUUGCCUGCUGCUGUGGAAAUAUCUUUUCCUACCUCUUUCCAAAGUAUAGCACAAAUGAAGCUAAAAAAAGGGAGGUGCUAUCAGCUGCCUCUGCUGCAGGUGUUUCUGUAGCUUUUGGUGCCCCGAUUGGAGGAGUUCUUUUUAGUCUGGAGGAGGUUAGCUAUUAUUUUCCUCUCAAAACUUUAUGGAGAUCAUUUUUUGCUGCUUUAGUGGCUGCAUUUGUUUUGAGAUCCAUCAAUCCGUUUGGUAACAGUCGUCUGGUCCUUUUUUAUGUGGAGUAUCAUACACCAUGGUACCUUUUUGAACUGUUUCCUUUUAUUCUCCUAGGGGUAUUUGGAGGGCUUUGGGGAGCCUUUUUCAUUAGGGCAAAUAUUGCCUGGUGUCGUCGACGCAAAUCCACCAAAUUUGGAAAGUAUCCUGUUCUUGAAGUCAUUAUUGUUGCAGCCAUUACAGCUGUGAUUGCCUUCCCUAAUCCAUACACUAGACUCAACACCAGUGAACUGAUUAAAGAGCUUUUUACAGACUGUGGGCCUCUGGAGUCCUCUUCUCUUUGUGACUACAGAAAUGACAUGAAUGCCAGUAAAAUUGUUGAUGAUAUUCCUGAUCGUCCAGCAGGCAUUGGCGUGUAUUCAGCUAUAUGGCAGUUGUGCUUAGCACUCAUAUUUAAGAUCAUAAUGACGGUGUUCACUUUUGGUAUUAAGGUUCCGUCAGGCUUGUUCAUCCCCAGUAUGGCUAUUGGAGCGAUUGCCGGGAGGAUAGUGGGGAUUGCAGUGGAACAACUUGCGUACUAUCACCAUGACUGGUUUAUAUUUAAGGAGUGGUGUGAGGUCGGGGCUGACUGUAUUACACCUGGCCUUUAUGCCAUGGUUGGCGCUGCUGCAUGCUUAGGUGGUGUGACAAGGAUGACUGUGUCCCUCGUGGUUAUUGUUUUUGAGCUAACUGGCGGCUUGGAAUAUAUUGUUCCGCUCAUGGCUGCAGUCAUGACGAGUAAAUGGGUCGGAGAUGCCUUUGGUAGAGAAGGCAUUUAUGAAGCUCACAUCCGAUUAAAUGGAUACCCUUUCUUGGAUGCAAAAGAAGAAUUCACUCAUACUACCUUGGCUGCUGAUGUCAUGAGACCUCGACGGAAUGAUCCACCCUUAGCGGUUCUGACACAGGACAAUAUGACAGUGGAUGAUAUAGAAAAUAUGAUAAAUGAAACAAGCUACAAUGGCUUUCCUGUUAUAAUGUCAAAAGAAUCUCAGAGAUUAGUGGGAUUUGCUCUCAGAAGAGAUCUGACAAUUGCAAUAGAAAGUGCCAGAAAAAAACAAGAAGGUAUCGUUGGUAGCUCUCGAGUGUGUUUUGCACAGCACACCCCAUCUCUUCCAGCAGAAAGUCCUCGACCCUUGAAGCUCCGAAGCAUUCUUGACAUGAGCCCUUUUACAGUGACAGACCACACCCCAAUGGAGAUUGUGGUGGACAUCUUCCGAAAGCUGGGGCUGAGGCAGUGCCUUGUAACUCACAAUGGGAUUGUCUUGGGGAUCAUCACAAAGAAGAACAUAUUAGAGCAUCUCGAGCAACUAAAGCAGCACGUGGAGCCCUUGGCGCCUCCUUGGCAUUAUAACAAAAAAAGAUAUCCUCCGUCAUAUGGCCCAGACGGCAAACCAAGACCCCGCUUCAAUAAUGUUCAACUGAAUCCCAUAGAUGAGGAGAGAGAGGAAACAGAAGAGGAAGUUCAUCUGUUGAAUAGCACAACUCUUUAACCUGAGGGAGUCGUCUACUUUUUUUUUCCUCCUUUAAAAAAAGAAAUAUAAAAGCCAGGCUUUUGCAACAUGGUUUGCAAAUAAUGCUGGUGGAAUGGAGGAGUUGUUUGGGGAGGGAAAGGAGAGAGGUGUUUCCCUAAGUGACAGCAGCGAUCAACUCCUAUUGUUCUGCACUGGAUGCAUCUGAGAUUGUGCCGUGAUAGUGCAGGCUUGAGCCACCAUGGAGAAUGACACCGGAGUCCUGGAGCACCUGGGUCUGUGCCUCCAACAUUGCAAAGACACGUUAUCAGUCCCUAUUUCUGGAGGGAUUACUCUGAAUUGAGCCAUCUGUAAGACUGCAAGGUCUUGCCCUUUUUUAUCAAAACUGUUCUGUUUGAUUCAUGAAUUGUAUAGCUAAGCAUUACCUUUCUACAUUCCAGAAGAGCUUUUAUUUCCCUCUUCUCUGUCCUCUCCUCUCUUCUCCUCUCUCUCCUCUGCUCUCCUCACUUCUCCUUACUUCUCCUCUCUUCUCUCUUCUUUGUCUCUCCUGAGCUGUAACAAAGCCUCUUUAAAUUGGUGUACCCUUUUGAAGCAGUCCUUUCUCAUAUUGAGAUGUACUGUGAUUUUAUUGAGGUUUAUCACAAGAAGGGAGUGUUUCUUGUGCCAUUAACCAUGUAGUUUGCACCACCACUAAAUGCUCGGAACAGCGCACAUGCACCACAACAAAGGCUGAUCAAACAGGUAAAAUCUCAAGAAGCAUGAAUGAAAUCUCAGCUUCUGUGCUGUGUGAUUCAGAAUCAAAAAAAAAAAAAUGAGACUUGACUUUAAAGGAUAAACAGUUUUCUUUUUUUCAUCUCAGACUAUGGAUAAUGUGACCUGGUCUUAUGCAAGUUUUCUAUUUCUAAAACUAUUAGGAUAUACAAGUGCUGUUCGGCAUAAUGAAACAAAAUGCUGCUGCAUUGACAGGAACUAGAAGGAAGUAUUCUGUUGAGCUGUAUCCGAUAUCAAUUGCAUGUUAAAACACUGGAAUUUUUUUUCUUGAAAUUAGAUGAGUAAUUCUUUUCUUUCCUCAAGAUAUUUCACUGCUGACACUGAAGAAGAAAUGUAAUUCAUAACUUGCACUAAAUGUAUAUUUCUUUUCUUAAAAAUUUACCAUUCUUAUUUAUAUUUUUAUGGAUUAAAAUUUAUAAAAUACAGAUCAGUUAAUAUCGCACUUAAAUAACUUUACCUUUUUAAUGUGAUUUUUAUAGACUAAUUCAGACUUACAAAUAUGGAGAUAUGAACAAAGUUUACAAUGGGAGCAAGGGUUUAAAAGAGGUUGUGGUUAUUUCUCUAUGAUCCAAUGUGUACAUAAACUUUUUUCUGAUCUUUCACUGCCAUCCCCUGAUUUAUGUCUUCUGAUCUGUCCAUUUUGACCCAUUAACUGGAAAGUUGAAACACUACAAAUUACUAUGUAGAUUAAAACCGAAAACUAAAUAGUAUUAACCAUUUAAAAAAAAAUCAGCAACAAAUAAUGAAAGCAUAGAAUUGCAAAGAUAGCAGUUUACAUUUUAAUCUAAGCAUGUAGGUUGUAUCCAUAUUUGAAGUGUUCCACAAUGGUUUGGAUAUCACCAGUGCACAUUUUUGCAGGAUGAGUUAAAAUGUACUGGGUUGUGUUUGGGAUUUUUGUUUUUGGAAAUACGUGUUUUAAUCAUGGUCUUGGGUCACUAUUGGCAAAGGCAAUUUAUUCUAAGAACUGGCCGAAAUAGUGUAGGAUUAUGCAUUUUUGAUAGGAAAAUGAAUUUUUGCAGACAUUUUCUGAAAUGCACCUGGCAACAAGCUGUUUUUACAUUUUAGAAGUGGUUCUUCACUUCCUAGUUGUUAAUAAUAAUAUACCUGGAGAUUUGUAAGAUCACAUAAGAUCUGUAAGAUCGUAAAGACUUAAAAGAUCAUGAAGCCAUAUUAGGAUAACAAUUGAAAGCUUGGCAAAAUUUUGGAAGUUUGGUGAAUCAUUCUUUUUUUUUUGGUGAUGCAUUCUUAGCUAUGCUGCCUAGGAUUGAGAUUUUGCCCUAGUGACUUACUCCCUUUGGUAGACUUCAGGUUUUCUUUGCAGCCCCUUCAGAGUACAAUCGUUACCACAUGACAGUUUCAAAUAUGUUUAAGAGUAUUUGCAGUGUGUGUGGCACUGCUGGAGUAUGAACUCCUCCGUGUGGCUGUGGGAUAACUUAAUUGCUUGUCCUGAGUUAGAAGCCUUCAAAGAUGAAAGCAGUUUCUUUGCGGAUAGCUUCAUCUAUUAAACUGCACAUGGAUUUUAUUUUCCACGUUUCCCAUUUUGAUUUCAGGUCCUACUUUGAUUGCGAUUGCUUCGGAGAUUGACAUUUCAGGGUAGAUAGUAAAAGUGUUAAUUUUUUUCCUUGAUAUUUCUAUCCCUGGUAUGUCUUACUGCUGAAAUACAGGAAAAGUGCCGUUUUUAAACACAUUCAGUAGUUUUUCUUUGAUGUUACUAUCUAUUCCAUUUUCCCUUUUGAUACAGUGAAGUGUGUCUGCUUUUCAGCCAAAUGAUGAAAUACUGAAGACCAUGAAAAUACACGUGCCUGACUAUUUGGCAAACUGACCAAUAUAAGUGUAGCGCCUUAUUUGAGUACCCUUUCUUAGAAGGUAUGAUGAGAAUGGGCAAGGGUGUCAGCAUCUCUUCUUAUUAAUAUUGUUUUCAGCUUUGGUUCAUGAAGACUGCUUAGUUUGUUAAUCUGUGAUGUUGCCUAGAGCUGUAUUUAUCUGUUUUUAUUUAUACUAGUGUAGUAAAGCUGCAUAUCAUUACAGUAAAAAUGAUUACUGUGAUGAGUUCAUCAGAAAAUCUAUUAAAAUCUCUGUGACAAUGUGUGGUUUGGCAUUUAAUUAUAUUUGUAGCAGUCCUCCCUCCUUACAGCUGCCCUAUGCAGUGUGGGCCAACAUGCCUGGCACAUGCAGCCUCAAAGGGGUGGAGACUGCAAUACUCGCAGGUUGCAGAGCUGCUCCUGGACUGCGAAUGAGGAGCCACAGAGGAGUAGGUACCAGGUGGACCAAUAGGACAUAUGAUCCACCAGCAAAAUCAGCGAAAGUUGCCAGUAUGCAGGGAGAUUGCAUUUAGGUUCACUUUUUAAAAAUUUGAUUGUUUUAGAAUAUGGUAUUAGCAUGAAGGGAAAACAGGUAAAUGAUUAACUUAAAAAUUUACUUUGCGGGACUGGUGCUGUGGCAUAGCGGGUAAAGCUGCCACCUGCAUGCCAGCAUCCCAGCUGGGUGCCGAUUCAAAUCCUGGCUGCUCCACUUCCAAUCCAGCUUCCUACUAAUGUGCCUGGGAAAGCAGUGAAAGAUGGCCCAAGCUUGGACCUCUGCCACCCACUUGGGAGACCCGUAAGAAGCUCCUGACUCCUGGCUUCAGCCUGGCCCAACUCCAGCUGUUUCGUCCAUUUGGGGAGUGAACCAAUGGAUGAAAGAUAUUCUUUCUCUCUCUCUCUCCCUUUCUCUCUUUCUCUCUCUCUGCCUCUUCCUGUUUUCUAUAACUCCGACUUUCAAAUAAAUAAAUCUUUAAAAAAAAAUAAAAAUUUACUUUGGAAAUUUGCUAAUAGAGCUGCCUAAAAGGGGGUGGUAAUAAUAUUUCAAUGAGAUUUCAGUAGUCUUCUAAUAGUAAAGUUUUAGUAGAAAGGAAAACACUAAAAGUCCAGGGUAGAUCCCAAAAGGACCAUUCACUGUAUAGUGUGUCAGAUGGUGACAAAUACCAUGGAUUAAUCAGUUCAGCAGAGUUUUUUUUUUUUAAGAUUUAUUUGAAAAGCAGAGAGAACUUCAUCCACUGGUUCACUCUCCAAAUGGCCACAACAGCCACAGCUGGGCCAAUCCAAAGCCACGAGCCAGGAACUUCCUUUGGGUCGUACAUGGGUACAGGGGCCCAAGUACUUGGACUGUCUUAUGCUGAGUCCAGAUGGUAUGCUGGUGCCGCAGGCUGUGGCUUUACCCACUAUACAGUGCUAGGCCCAGUUCGUUUUUUUGUUUGUUUGUUUAAUUCCUAUGUGCUACACACUGUGAGGAGCAUAGAAAAUCAGGCAAAACUUCCUGCUCUAAUAGAGGUCAUCUAAUGGGAGAAAAUAAAGUGAAGGUAUGUGCAUGUGCACAGGCAUGCACACUGUAUUCACGGAUGGCCUCAGGGAUAAGGUCACAUUUGAGCAAAACUUAGACUGAGGGAAGCCAUUUAUCUAUGAGAACAACAUCUAAGAGGAGAAAAUGCUGUAUUAGACAUUGCACGGUGGAACAUUGCUGCCAGUCAAGGAACACCAAGUCGGUCCCUGUGGCUGGACAGCAGGAAGGGGGGUAAAGUGGGCCAAGGAGGUGCAGGGUGUUGAGAUUUGACUUUCACUUCAAGUCAGAUGGGGGCCAGUGAAGCAGAGAAGCAACACCACACGGCAUCAAGUAACCGGACGUCAUUUUUGGGCAUAGACUACAGGGGACAGGGUGGAAACAGGAUGGCUAGUUAGAAGGUUCUGGGAAUAAUACAUGAUAGAGCUUGGAACCUGUCUGAAGCUGGUGGUGUGGUGAAAGUGGUAGGAUUCUAGAUACUUUGAAGGUGGAAGAGACAGGAUUUACUAAUGGAUUGAAUGUGGAGGGGAUGAGAAUGAAAUCAAGGGUGUCUGCAGAGUUUUUGCCUUUAGUAAUCACAGAACAAUGGAAUGAUCCCUGAGUUGGGAAGUAGUUCAACAAAGAUUAGUUUUGAGGAAGCGUAGUGACAAAUCCUGGUUUUAGACAUUAAAUUUUAAAUGCAUGAGGCCUAAUGAUUAUGCCUAUAUCCUACAUCAGAGUGCUUGGGUUCAGUUCCUCGUUCCAUCUCCUUACUGCAGCUUCUUGCUGAUGUAGAGAUGGAAGUAACUGUGUCAAGUACUUGGUUCCCUGCCAUCCACAUGGGAGACUUGGAUUGAAUUCCUGGCUCUCAGCUUCAGCCUGACCUAGCCCUUGCCAUUGUGGACAUUUGGGGAAUGAGCCAACACAUGGGAUCCCAUGCUCUCCCUGCCUCUCAAAAUAAAAAACAAGCUAUAAAUAGCUUUUAGAUUUGCAAGUGAAAGUGUCAGGUAGACACAAGUGUAUGAGAGACUGGGACUUAGAAAGGCUCAGCUAACCAGGACAGGCAUCAUCCUGAGACAAGGUGAGGUUGCUAAAGAUUAGACAUGGAGGGGAGGUAGAAGAAUUGAGCAUUGAUGAAGAUUUGGGGAUAUAAGGAAUCAGGAAAAGGGAGAGCCAUGAGUGAGGUAGAGUGGUGAGCAGUGCCAUAAGCCCAUUGGAUAGUGUUAAAGAUGGAUUCAACUGUCAGAUGUUGCUGAUAAGUGAAUUACAUGAUGCUUGAGAAUUGACCUCUGGGAAGGUAACUGAGUAUGCAAGCAGAGCAGGUUCAAUGAAAGCCUGAUUGGAGUGUGUUUGACUGCAAAGAGAAAUUGAAAACAAGCUUAUAAAGUUCUUCCUGUGAGGUUUUCAGAAAAGGAAUAUGACUGUUAAAAUGCAGGGUAUAUUAUAGCUCUUUGGCUGUUUAUGGGAAUAUUUGAGAGGGGAAAUUAAUGAGGGAACGCAGAGUAUGGUGCAUAAUUGGUAGGGUGGUGAGAUUUUGUUGGAGUCAUUUUGAUUCUAUUUCCUAAGUGAAAGAGCAUGAGAGCAAAUAGGCAGUAGGAUUGGUGGGCAUCCAGUAUGGCCAACUUAAGGUUAAAAUAAGGUCAGCCAUCAUGGUUCUAUUUUAUUUUUCCUCUAGCUACCUGAUACUGAACAGAUUCAUGUCAGAAUUAUACAGAUUUUUUGGUUUUCUGUUUUUAUUUGUCUUAAGGUUCUAACAGGUAAGUACAACAAAUGGAGCUGAGAAUAUGGGAGUGGUUCUGAUGAUGGGGAGUGAAAAGCUGAAGGUUGGGUAAAGAGGGAGGAAUGCAGUGGGUGCAGAAUGAACAAAGUAUUUAGAUCAGUGACCUAUAACGUUUGAAAACUUGCUGGGAUGUUAAAAGAGGUAGCUGGGUGAGGAUGCUUAGACAGAAUGUUAAUACCAGUAAUGAAAAUUUUAAUUUCAAGCAAAGUGCUAGUUUUUGAACCCUAGCCUAUAUCAUUAAAAAUAAGGAGAGGCCUAGUUAUCAGAGGGAUCAUCUAUAUAUAUAUUAAAAUGAAUAGGAAUUUAAUUGAAAUUUGGAUAAAAUGAAAUUAAGCCAGGAUGGUAUUUAAGCUAGUGCAAAGGUUUAGUGUCAUUGCCAAGUAAUUUAUAUAGCAGUAUCUUAUAUAGCUUUCAUUUUUCCUAGAGUAUUGCAUUCUGUACCCAUGUUUGUGAGAUUAUAUAGAAAUUCUGUUCUCCAAGAGGUAAGCUUAACUAAAUUUGAGUUGGGUAACAGUUGCCAUGUUAAAUCCCAGUUGAAUCAAGGUUCAUCAUGGAAGUGUGUAGUCAAUAUGUGGUCUCAGAGAACAGAGGUAGAUAGGUCUCAUUCGGAAGCUACUAUAGCACUUGAGUGGCCAGGUCCUUCAUAAGCAAAAACUUUUAGUGAACAGCGCUUAAAUGGAUCAUGCCAUUAGUGAAGGAAGAAGGUAAGGAAGGAAGAGUUAGGAUCCUACUGUAGGGAGUUUGCUUUUUAAUGUUCAGUGUUGGAAGCUCACUGCCACCUGAGUUACUUGUCCUCUGACACAACUGGCUGGAGUUUGAGACUGGAAAUCCACAUUUUUUUCCUGCCCUCAAGAAACACUAUCACAACUCCAAGUAUAUUAUCCAAAUUAUGGCUGACAUAAUCUUAUUUCAUAUGUCUUUAUAAUGAUAGAUUCAGCUUUUUGAAGAUAAACAUUCAUGUUAAGUUUGUGUAAGGAAUGGAGGAAAAGUUGAUCAUUUUUACCCUUUGAUAAGAAAUCAUCUUACAAUUCAUAUUCACAAGUAUAUAAAAACCAAACUACACAUUUGAGACUGUUGGAUCCCACCAAAUGCAGAAAUAAAAGGAACACAAUAUUCCUAGUUAAGCAGAUUUUGAAGAUACUUGAAUUUUUAUAAUUUUGAAUUAUAUGUUAAUUUGGGGGUGUUAAUAUUUAGAAAUAAUGAACAAAUGCUUGGGAGACUAAAAAAUGAGAAAAACAGAAGCUUCCAAAGUGUUAGACGUAAGACAGUGUGAUUUGGCUAUCUUUUCUAACCGAAGUGUGAGCUAAUCGUUCUUGUAAAGUUUUUUUUUUUU